AUGAUUGAAAGAUUAGGAAAGGCUUCGUACAACACACUGCUUCGAUGCACUCGGAGCAGCAGUGUCCCACUCUUUACCAUGAAAUCAAAUACUUUAAAGGGUCACAUCGAUGUACACACAUGCAUGACACGCCCCCCCUCGCCAUCCUUCAAAUCACCAUCGACCACAGCAUCUAGCCCUGUCGUCGGUAUCGGAGUGUUUAUCCUCCACCCCACUCACCCACGCUCUACCCCAUCAAACCCAAUGUAUCUUCUUGGUGAACGCAUCAAUUCGACCGCAGCUAAUACAUGGGGUCUCCCAGGCGGACAUCUAGAAUUCGGCGAAACGUUUGAAGAAGGUGCAUCGAGGGAAGUUCUGGAGGAAACAGGCUUGCAUAUCCCGGUGGAUGGCUUAAAAUUUUGGCAUUGUAGGAAUUUGUUGAUGAAGGAGGAGAAAAGACAUUUCGUGUCGAUUUUUAUGGUCGGGGUGUGGGAUGGUAAAGGUGAGGGACCGAGAGUGAUGGAGAAAGAGAAAUGUAAAAGGUGGGAGUGGGUGGGAUGGGAGCAGACACAGAGGUGGGUGAGAAUGGUGGAGGGAGAGAAUGGUGGAAGAAAGUUAUUUCCAGGAAUGGGGGGGUUGCUUAGAGAGAUGAAGGGAGUGGCCCCCAGCCUUUGA